UGUCUCUUCUCUUCAUUAUUUUCGAGGUCUUUACACACCAUACAUAGUCUAUCUGUCAUACACACACAAACUCACACCCACCCCCUACACACAAAUACAGUAUCAUGCCUGAGGCCGAAACAACAGUGAGCGUCCUGGCGCAGUUCCAGACAGCAGACGGUGAUAAGACCGGCCCCCCGCUCAGUCUGCCGGCCGACAUUACAUCCGAGCAGCUGACCAUCCUGAUCAACAAGUUCCUGGACAACGAGGAGACGCAGCCAUAUUCAUUCUACGUGGACAACAAGGAGAUCGUUCGCAGCGUACAAAAGGACAUCAUUGAGGGCGAAAAGCGGUCAGCCGAAGACACGCUCACAAUUGUCUACCAGCCCCAAGCCUUCUUCAAGGUGCGGGCAGUCACCAGAUGCUCGUCGAGCAUGACAGGGCACACAGAGGCGGUUCUAUCGGUGAGCUUCAGCCCCGACGGCAGCCAGCUGGCCAGUGGAUCGGGCGACACCACGGUGCGCAUUUGGGAUUUGGCCACGGAGACCCCCAAGUUUACAUGCAAGGGGCAUCGCAACUGGGUGCUGUCCAUUUCGUGGGCGCCCAAUGGCCGCGUUCUGGCUUCUGGGAGCAUGGAUAACAUGGUUCGCUUAUGGGAUCCCCGCACGGGCAAGGAGAUUGGCGCUCCGUUGGCCGGGCAUCGCAAGUGGAUCACGUCGCUGGCCUGGGAGCCUCUCCACAUCAACCCCAAGGGAAACCGUCUGGCCAGUUCGUCCAAGGACGGCACCGUGCGCGUCUGGGAUACCUCGCUGCGCCGCUGCGUUUUCACCCUGGCCGGCCACACUGCCGCUGUCACCUGCGUCAAGUGGGCCGGCGACGGCCGUAUCUACACGAGCUCUCAGGACAAAACCAUCAAGAUCUGGAACCCCGACGGCACACUGUACAAGACCUUGACAGGCCAUGCCCAUUGGGUCAACACCCUGGCAUUCAGCACAGACUUUGUUCUGCGCACCGGCGCCUACGACCACACGGGCCGCGAACCCGAGAGCGAGGAGGACGCGCAGAAGAAGGCUCUUAAGCGCUACAACGAGGCCAAGGGCAAGGGCCCCGAGCGCCUCGUGUCGGGCUCUGACGACUUUACCAUGUUCCUCUGGGAUCCCCUCAACAGCAGCAAGCCAGUGGCCCGCAUGACUGGACACCAGAAGGUUGUCAACCACGUCAGCUUUUCGCCCGAUGGCCGCUUGAUCGCCAGCGCCUCGUUUGAUAACAGCGUCAAGAUGUGGGAUGGGAUUACGGGUAGCUUUAUUGCCUCGCUGCGGGGCCAUGUCGCUGCUGUUUACCAGGUGUGCUGGUCGUCGGAUAGCCGCAUGCUGCUGAGCUCUAGCAAGGACAGCACGCUGAAGGUCUGGGAUCUGCGCACAAAGAAGCUGAAGCUUGAGCUUCCUGGCCAUGCUGACGAGGUGUUUACUGUGGACUGGUCGCCCGGUGGCGACAUGGUUGCCAGCGGUGGCAAAGACCGUGUGCUCAAGCUGUGGAAGCACUGAUAGUGAUGCCUUGUGAUGUUCCAAUUCAAUUCAAUUAAAUAAUAAUUAAAUAACAGU